AUGGACCCAGCAUUGCGUGCCUUUGAGGAACAUCGUCGUGAAUUUAUUGAAACAAUGAGAGAGCUUAGAAGAAAAAAUCCUCAUAUGGAGCCAGAAGAAUUACAAAAACAAGCUGAAUAUGAAAUGAUCAGUAAAGGACCAAAAUCACGUGCCUUCUAUAGGGUCCAGGCAACUCGUAGACUUGUUGGUGGGGGCGAUAUUGUUAGAAAACGACUGGCGAGAGAGCAUGACAAGGCUUUGGAUAUUGUUAUCGAAGCACAAGAAAGACAAGCUAGGCAUAAUACUUGUAGAAUAUUUUUUGAUCCAGCUCAUUAUACAGUUUUGGAGAAUGUUGGGACUUUUGGUGGGUUGAGGAUAUAUUUGUGUUUUUUUAAUUUUGUAAAAUAUUUAUAUGGUUUUCCGGAAACAUUUUAUUGUUUUUCUAAAAAACAAUUUACUUUUUAA